CCUCAGAUUCAGUCAAUUCUGGAUUUUUCUUCACAGUUGCAUUGCAAAUGCUCAGCUGAAGACUGAGCCAUAGAAAUUAAAGCAGCCUAUUUUGUGUUACAUCUGUGGUUGAUUGUUGACAUAAAUACAAAGAAAGGGGUCUCUGUAUUUGAUUUUGGCCACAAGAACUUGGUGGGUUGAGAGCGAAAGCUCCCGUCUUGAAGCAGGAAAGCAAUCUGAGAGAUCGUACGCUGAUUGUGUUCCAUUUCUUGGAAAUUUUGAGGAAAGAUCCUAGAUAGUGAUUUUCUGGCUGCCCAGCGAAUCUUUUUCUGAAAAAAAUGUGAGUGCAGCAGGCUGUGGAUGCAAGAUUUCUUGGUAUAAGUCUUUUAUCAGGAAGUUCCAAGUUUCUUGCCAUAUCAGGGUUCGUCAGCUUCGUUCAUCUAGGUGCAUCGAUGCCCUUAAAGAAAUCUGGUGGAAAAUAAGCUCCUGAAGAUGGAGAAUUCUUACGACUUCCAUGGCAACGGAAAUCUAACCAAUCCAGGCCUACAGAUUAUCAGGCACCCGUUGUACCAAUCAUCUGGCAGGUUUUCUGUGCCUUGGUUCGACAUAAGAGUGUUCUAUGUGAGAAUCAGCAAUUUUAUGGUUGAUGAUUCGACCCCAGAAUGUCUCACACUCAACCACAUCCCUCUGAACCCAGACACAAUCCUUGAAGUGAAUGGACUGAGAUGUUCGAUAGAUUCCGAAGGAAUGUCUUGUAUUCUUAGACGUGAUCGUGAGUACAGAUAGUGUAAGAUUAACGGGCACUGUGAAAUUCGAGGUAUUCGAUAAAGAAGACCUCAUAAUCUCCGGGGUUUUAGAAAUGUCAAGUACCAAUGGUUGUGUCGGGGAAUCAUGUAGUGUGGGCAGGAGGUGGAGCAUGAAUUGUGAAUCCGUAAUUAAUUCCAGCACGGGAUUUCUGAAAGGAAAACAAAUAACCGGGUCAGAGUCCUCAUCCCCUACAAUUGAAGUUUAUGUAGCAGGAUGCUUCUCGGGAACUCCGAUCAUAUUAACCAAGACAUUGCAACUUAGUCACCGGAAGAAGCACAGAAGGGGUAAGCUAGAUUCGAUUCCAGAAUAUGAUGCUUCUGAAACGGAUGAAGACGUUGCAGCUGGGGGUGAUCUACAGGUUGCUGAAUACAGAUAUUAUAAACCAGAGAACGAAAAAGACUAUGACAAUCUAUACUGGGGACGAACAGAAUAUAUGGACGGUGAAGAUGGUGAGCUCUCGUGGUUCAACGCUGGGGUCAGAGUCGGUCUUGGGAUUGGCCUCGGGGUCUGCCUUGGGGUCGGAGUUGGAGUCGGCUUGCUGGUCCGUACUUACCAGAAGACCGCCCGGACAUUUAAAAGACGGCUUUUCUAGUCGGUAAUCCCAUCGUCUUCUUCUCAUUCCAAUUUAGAUACAGACAUUCAUCAGUACACAGCAUUCUUUAGGUGCAAUUUUCUGUGUGUGUGUUUCUGAAAGAAAAGAAAGGAGACAGCUUUUUUCUUUAUUCUGGGAGAGUUUUGAUAGAUUGAGGUUGUUUGCAGGAGAGUGUGUGAUUGAAAAUAGUUGUAUUAUGUGCAAAUAUGUUUUUGACUGCAAUCCUCUGUACAUAACAUGUUUCUAUCUCUUUAUAGAUGUCUGAGUGUUUCACACAUGAA